AUGUCGCAUCUCCCAACGUCGCUAGACGACUAUACUCUCCAAUCAGACGGCCAAGUCUCGCCAAAGCUACAGUCUCCGGACGAGCCGAUCCCUUCCCUCUCCCACUAUGGCCUGGGGCCAAGUGUGAUGGCGCCUGCAGCAGGGGACGAGGAGGAUAUGGGAGGAGCCCACUGGAGCAUGCCUGAUCUGUUUGGCGAAGGCGACGGGGAGCGCGGAUUUGGCCCUCCAUACGAGUAUUCAGGAUCGGCAGCCCCAAGCUACACCCCCUUCGCCUACCCCAAACCCCUGCACCACGCAACCUCCGCAUCCUCGCUCAGCUCCCUCUCGUCCAGCUACUCGGGACUCUACGUCGACUGUCCGCCCGAACCUACCCAUCCCAACUCGCACUCUCGCACAUCGUCCAUCUCGUCUGUCGCAGGUCUCCACAAGAUCUCGCCGCCGCUCGACAGCUGGCCUGCCUUUUCAAAGAACGUCGGUCUGGGUGCUGGUCGAGACAGCCCUAUCCCGCCCAAGCUGCACGUGCAGACCCAGAGCUUGGGCCGCCUGGGGAGGAUGAGAAGUUCGAGUCGGGUAGGCCCGUACGAUCGACGGGAGAGGAGCGAGAGUCUGAGCGAGAGGUCUGAAGGAGAUGACGACUUGUCCGCUCUGGUCAACUCCAACUCCAGCUUGAACGGGUACUCGACGCCGCUUACAUCGAUCGGGCAACCCCUCAACCUCAACCGCCUUACUCUCCACCAUAGACGAUCCGCCUCCAACGUCACCUCCUUCUCGCCGGUCCGCGCCAAUCCCAACCCGGUGCUGUCGAGAAAGUACCGCAGCUCAUCGCUCCUCGGUCAUCCCAAGCGACUUUCCUUCGAGAAUGACCGUCUCAAAGGCACCGCGGUCGAGCGCGAGGAGACGGUCCGGCAUCUGCUCAACACUGCCGCAGAAGAGAUGCGGGCGCUCCCCAGCGCAUCUCAGCAGGACAAGGCCAAGUCUGCCUGGGUCAAGAAGUGGCUCCAACUCAGCUAUACCCUCUCGUCGGGUCAUACCGUCCCGCGUCAAGGUCUUUACGCUUCCUACACUGCCGCGAGUGAUGACUAUGGCGUCCGAGCCAUCAAUUCGGCGUCAUUCGGCAAGGCCGUCAGAAACGCCUUUCCGGGCAUCAAGACGAGACGGUUGGGAGUCCGUGGCAACAGCAAGUACCAUUACAUCUCUCUUCGCCCCGCCGUAUCCAUCGAAGCGGAGCGACUCAACCGGUUCGGCGACUCUAGCGGACAAUGGCACGUUGCCUCAAGCGAUGGUAGCAUGACCUUUCAAGCCGACGUGACCGAUGACGAUGAUGCAGAGAUGGAGGAGCUGGAGGACAGCGAGGAAGAGGAUGAUGAGCACAUCUUCACGUUUGAUCGCAAGCCGACGACCCAAUUCGUAACCUCGAGCAACCGUCCCGCCUUUGGCCGCCGUCAUACCACCUCGGACAUUGCGUCGCCGUUCUCCAACGCCCCGCUGAUGCCCAUGCCGGUUUACGACCUCCCAGGCUUCCCAGUCAUCAACAAUGCCUAUGACUUUGGUCCGGUGAUACGCCUCGACCAGGUCUACGACUUUUGGAACGCCUUUUGCAGACACCAAGAGCUGUUGGUCAGCAGUGUCCGGAACCAGCAGUUUGACCGGUUCGACGUCAACUUGCACGAGUUCUGGGGACUUCUUACUCCCCUCUGGAUGCGGGUCUGCCAUCAUCCCGUCGUCUCGCGGAUGGUGUCUGACGGAAUGGCUCUGACCUACAACCACAUCAUCGCCGUCCUCACGUCCAACCUGCAGCGCCCGCCUUCCAAGCCAGUCCAGGAGAGCCUUCGCGGAUUGGCGACACGCCUGGAAGCGUCUGUUGGCAAUUGCCUCUCCAUCUGCUCGACCGACUUUUCGCAGACCAAGACCGAGCUGGCUCUCCGCGCAGCCCACCUCAUGCACCGCUGCGUGGACCUCCAACAACUCUCGACUGCGCUACUCCCCAUCAUCACCAGCCCGUCCCAGGUGGACCAGAUGGCAGCCGCAUGGGAUCAGCUCGACAUGAAAAGUAUCGCCGAUCAAUGCGCUCUAUCGUGCAGCUGCGAGCAGGACACCAUCGAGCAGGUAUUGUUGGGGUUUAGGGACUGGCUGGAAGGCGCAUGCGAUGGAAGGGCGUUGGAGCGGUUGGGUGCCUGGGUUAGCAGUGUGCUGGAUGGGCUGCAGACCACCAAGGCGGAUGAGGGGGCUGCGAGAUCGCUGGUCACUCGAGCGGGCUUUUUGACCUCGCAGAUCAUGCGCGACUUUACACUCAAAAGCGCGUCCAGCUUUGGCCUCUUUCAGAUCAUCAAAACCUGGAUUGACGACUGGGUCGCCAUCUCGGUCCUGCGUCCCUCGGUCCUAUCCAGCAGCAGCGCCGCUCCCUCUCCCACUCUCGGAAUGUCGGUCAGCAUCCCCACACAUAAUCAGCUCCAGCUCUCCGAAGAGGACCUCCCCACCGCCGUCCCUCCCUCAUUACAAGACGUCUCCCGCCGCCACCACCGACCAAGCUCCUCCGUCUCGUCCAUCUCCUCCGUCACCUCGUCCCACUUUGGCGACGGCUGCGGCUUCCCCCAGCUCACCGCGUCAAUGCCGGAUCUCACGCACAUGGCGAAUCUCAAUGUUUCCAACAACUCUUCAUCGUCGACUGGUUUCAACAUGAUGUAG